AUGGCAUUUAAACUCCUUUCCAUGUCUGCCACAAACCCUGGCAUGGAAAUCCCAGUACCCACAUUCAAACGGUUUCGAAUUUGCGAUCACUCCAAUGGUAUAUUGUGCUUGUCAGCUUGGUCUACUGAUGAUGCGCAGGUUCUUUUGUAUAACCCAUUAACCAAAGAAUUUAGACAACUUCCUCCUUACACUAUUGAGCAUAGCUCACGUGUAGCAGUUGGAAUGGGGUAUGAUUCCUUCACUGAUGAUUUUAAGGAUAUAAGCAUUUGGAAAAGGCAGACUGCCACAAAUUAUUAUGCUACUGAGCAAUAUACUUUAAUGAUAGUUUUGCAAUGUGCUUUAAAAGAACUUUCUACUGGUGGGCAUGGCGCCUUGAAGACAAUUUCAAUUAAUGUAAUGGUGGCAUUGAAUAUGGAUGAUAGGGUUUUCCAAAUUGUACCAAAGCCACUUGGUGCUCGUAUUGGUCAACCUCAUUCUAGAUCUUUAACUGUGUGGAAUGACUCCAUCUCACUGGUUUGCUAUGAUUAUUACACCUCAUCCGAUAUUGACAUAUGGGUGAUGGAUGGAUUUGGUUCUUGGACUCUUAUGAGAACAAUAGAAAAUCUAGGAGAAGAAAAGCCUAAACCUUUGAUUUUUUGGAAGGGGAAUGAGCUUCUCAUGAGACGUCUCAAGGAAUGA